CUACACUUGCAUUGGAGCCACGGAUGUUGCUGUGAAGAAGUCGAGACGUUGAAGCGGAAGAUUCCUGAGGAUCUUGUCAUCUUGUCUUGUGCACCCCCACAUGGCAGUAAACCACUGACUUGAAGAUUAAACUAAGUACAUUCAGCUCCAGAACAUUGCCCUCGUAGAUGCCACUCAGUCUCCGUCUUUGCAAAUGGCUUGCUGCUUAAAGGACGAGCUCCUCUGUUCCAUCUGCCUCAGCAUCUACCAGGACCCCGUCAGUUUCGGCUGCGAGCACUACUUCUGCAGGAAGUGCAUCACUGAGCACUGGAGCAGGCAGGAGCUCCACGGAGCGAGGGACUGUCCUGAGUGCCGGAGGACCUUCGCCGAUCCUCAUCUCUCGCCCAGCCUCAAGUUGUCCAACAUUGUGGAGCGCUACUCAGCCUUCCCGCUGGACGCCAUCCUCAACGCUCAGAGGAGCUCAUACCCCUGCAAGGACCACGAGAAGGUCAAGCUCUUCUGCCUCACCGACAAAAGCCUGGUGUGCUUUUUCUGCGACGAGCCAGCGCUACACGAGCAGCACCAAGUCACCACUAUUGACGAGGCUUUUGAGGAGAUACAGAGGGAGAUGAAGGAGCAGCUGGCCACCCUGCAGGACAGUGAGAAGGGACACACUGAGGCCCUGCAGCUCCUGCAAAGACAACUCACUGAGACCAAGUCCUCAGCCAAGAGUCUGCGUGCAACCAUCGGCGACGCAUUUGAACGCCUCCACCGCUUCCUGCGCGAGCGUCAGAAGAGCAUGCUGGAGGAGCUGGAGAUGGACACGGCCCGCAAGCUGGCCGACAUCGAGCACAAGAUCCAGCGCUACAGCCAGCAGCUGCGCGACGUCAAGGAGGGCAUCCAGAUCCUGCAGGAGCGCCUCAACGAGACGGGGCGACACGACUUCCUGGAGGGAGUCGCCGUCACAUCUGAGAGGUGCUUCACCUGCCCUGAGUUUGAUAGAGCAGUCCCAGUGUCAUCACUGCAGACCGAUAAGAACAAAAAUGUGGUUGUAAACACAUUCGCUCCAAGAAGGAUUAAAGGGAAGAUACAUGAGACCAAUCUGACGUAUGAAGAUUUCCCGACAUCUAAGUACAUGGGGCCCUUACAGUACACGAUAUGGAAGUCGCUUUUCCAAGAUAUCUCACCAGUGCCAGCAGCGUUGACCCUCGACCCGAUCACAGCCCACCAAAGACUGAUCCUCUCAGACGACUGUACCAUAGUGGCCUACGGGAACCUCCACCCGCAGCCCCUGCAGGACUCCCCGCGGCGCUUUGACGUUGAGGUGUCCGUUUUGGGCGCAGAAGGCUUCGUGUCGGGGGUGCACUACUGGGAGGUGAUGGUGUCGGAGAAGACCCAGUGGAUGAUCGGCGUGGCUCACGAGACAGUCAGCCGCAAGGGCAGCAUCCAGAUCCAGCCCAGCCGCGGCUUCUACUGCAUCGUCAUGCACGACGGCAACCAGUACAGCGCCUGCACCGAGCCGUGGACCCGCCUCAACGUCAAGAGCAAGCUGGAGAAAGUGGGGGUGUACCUGGACUACCACAAAGGCCUGCUCAUCUUCUACAAUGCAGACGACAUGUCCUGGCUCUACACCUACCGGGAGAAAUUCCCCGCCAAGGUCUUCCCCUACUUCAGCCCGGGCCAGAGCCACGCCAACGGCAAGAACGUGCAGCCGCUGCGCAUCAACACUGUGCGCCUCUAAGAGCUGACGCAUCUGUGGUCCUGAGAGAUCAUUCACAGGACUUGUGGAGGUUUCAAAAAGAUAUUCAGUUUUAAAAAGUGUUUAAUAAGGUGUUUGAAAUGUUUUUUUCUUUCAGUUCAGUUCAGAGUUGUGCUCGAUGUUGCUCUUAAAGUCCUGCGCUGUUAUUUUUGUGUCACUUGAAACGAUAAUGGCCUGCACUUGAGCCUCUUUUACGCAUCUUUGAUUGAAAAGAUAACAUUAGAAGAAGACAGGCGGACCCCCGGGCUCCUCUGGGGUCUGUGUAUGUACAAAAAGAAAGUGAUUAAAGCCCCCAGGCCCACCUUGCACACUCCCAGGGGGCAACGCUCUCCUUACGUCCCCUUGCUGUCCAGGGCGAGGACACUGAAGACUGGUCACUUGUCUUCUCUGUGCUGUACAGUCGGCUUAGCUUUGUGUGUGGAAUGUGAUCGACAGCACUCGGCUCCUUUUCGUUUGUCCAGCAGUCCACCAUGAACUUCUAAAGUCUGUUCGCACUUUUUACCCCCUGUCUGAGACCGGGGUCUUGGUUCCUCCACACAGGUGUCUAUUCUUUAUUAUUGCGAGGAAAGCUCUUGUUCUCCUUUCACAAGUCAUCCAGCCAUUAUCCGUCACAAAUAACAAAGUAGUAUUUGUUCGGCUGCCCGUACCUUGCCCAGUGGGAAAAAACGUAAAGUAAAUACGUGCAUGUUUGUAUAUAGAGUAUCACGGUUUAAAAAAAAAGGAAGUCUCUCAUCAUGCUGGCUCACGUUUCAGUUUCUGCUCUUCAACCACAAGUAUGCUAGCCAACAGCAUACACUGGCAUAUGUGUGGGGUUUUUAAAUUCAAGUACAUUUAGAUUAUUAGUCAUGAUGUUUUGCUCAUUUUCUCUCAAAACCUAAAGAAUAUGAAAUCAUACCAUCUGAGUAAACAGCCCGGUGAGACUGGAAUCUCUACUUGUUAAAGCAUAACUUGUCUGAUGUGGAAACCUAAAGGGUUCAAGAUGAAGUAUAACUCACAGAUUAUACAAACACCACUGAUCUAUCUUAUUUAAGAUCAUAACAUUUUAAUUAAAUGAAGCUGAAUGUUUUUGAGAAAUGGUCCAUAUCAAGGGAAAUUAUAAAGGAUGCACUAAAAUGCUAUUCCUGUGUGACUGGAAGAAAAUGUGUUAUAAUUCCCCUGAGACCCUGUUUAUAUCUUCGCCUCAUGUGCCUCAAGUAUUAUUUAUCAUUAGCUGUACACAAGUCCUGCAGUAUCAGCUCUUAAGAGGCUCUGGUCGCUCAGCCAAGUCCAGCAUACUGAGAGACGUGUCUGUG